GAGUUCCCGGUAGACAGACAGUGUUCGUCUUUCAUGGUAUUAGUAGGUCGUAUGGGCUGGGAGUGAGAAAUUUGUUUAAAAGUCUUUUGUAAAGAUGUCUGCACGACGGAAGCGACAUUGCAGUGAAAGUCGUAAAAAAGAACGGGAUUGCUCAACUACCAAACGUCGAAAAGUUUCUUCGUCAAAAAUUGGAUCACUCACGGAUAUCUGUGCGAGAUAUGUCGCAGAAAGGUUUGCAUACGAGUACGUAGAGAACACUUUACCCCACAUUCCGGAACCCAUCCAAGAAAAGAUCGUAUUCUGGGCCUUUCCAAAGAACGAAAAUGAUAUAGCGCUUUAUUCGUCUACGAGUUCCUACUCUCUCGUAUCCGGCAGUAAACAGCCAUUUCAGAUGGGAAUCAAAUUGCUAGAAAGUGGUAACGUUAAAGAAGUUCUCCAAAUCGGCUUUUAUCUGAGUGGUACAGUGAGUGAACUUCACGGCAUUUGUCUUCAACGAAAGGUCUGCCACUAUAAAGUUUCCAUAAAAUUUGACCGGUGCAAAAUCACUUCGAUCACGUGUACGUGUCAAAACAAAAGUAUUCUAUGGUGCGCCCACGCAGUUGCUUUGGCUGUAUACAGAAUACGGUUUGCAGAUAAAGUCAACAUUCGAUUGCCCCUUUCGGAGUCGAUAUUGCAGCUGAAAACGCAGCAAGUCCAGAGUCUGUUACUUCAUCUCGUGACAAAACAUCCAGACUUGCUGCCUUCAGUGCAGAACUUGAUUGAUGAGUUCAAAGUACCAAACAGCGACAUAAGCUGUGCCAAUGGUGUUCCCGAUCCAACCGCCGGAGCCUGCACUGAUGUGAAGCCUGUAUGGUAUUUCGAUGAGCAGCUGAUCAAGAAUGAAGUAAAAACCGGACUGGAACCUAACAAUACUGGCAAAAACAUAAGUUCCCUCCUGCACAAGGUCAGGGAGAUGUUUUCAGCGGAUGAUUCAAACGCUGUUCGACUUUUAUCAUUGAUAACCGCGAGCUUUUUGAAAACACUGCGCCGGGUAGAUAAUGAGGAAACAGCAAAGAUUGUGGAAAAAGUACGCAAAAUAUGCGACAAUCUGUCUAUGGUAUGGGUGAUCGCAGUUUUGAACCCAUUCUUAACAGCAGACACAAAAAGUGAAAUAAAGAGUCAGCUGCUUUCAUGGCAGCAAACACUUGGCUCGUUUCAAUCUGACGAUAGCUUGGGGGUCGACAAGAUGUUGAAACUCCCCCUGAAGGCAUUAAGAUGGAACUUGGAUGACACUCCUGGAGAUGUUGUUUGUGCUGCAGCCUACGCCGAUGCAUUUGGAUGUCAUGGCUUAAAACAGGAAGCUCUUAGCAUAGCUGUUAAGGUUGCCGAAAAGUUCAGGACCUGUUUCAGUGAAUUGUUUAUCUGUCCGGAUCAGCGCGACGGUUGGCUAGGGCACAGCCUAGAUCCAAUUAGCAUCAUUUUUGAUAUUUUGCGGUCAGAGGCUGAAUCACAAGCUAAACCUGAUGUUUAUCUGCCGCUAGCUGUCCAUGUCGCCUUUGCUGGGCUCGGCCAAAUGAAACGUCUCCCUUCUAAUAAAUACGAACAAUUACGUCUCUGCCACAGAGAAGAACAACUGAUCGCCCAACUCGAAGAUCUCGACUUCAGUUCAAGCUAUCUUCGUCCGGUUAUUUGCCAGCUUUGCCGGGAACUGCGUAGCCGGAACAUUCCAAAUGACGGCACCUCGCCAAGUCACAGUUUUAUAAGGUUUCUUGUUCGUCAGAUGAUUCCAUUGGAUAAAGACCUGGCUUACAGUUUCAGUUUAAAUUUGUUACCUUUAGAUCCGGUUAUUUCACUUGAACAGCAUGACCCGGACAGCAGAAACAUCGUGGCGGAUGAACCGACCUGUCACAUCAUGUCCCAUUUGGAAUCACAACAAAGCGAACUAGCAGCGACAUUAUUGAAAGGUUGUUACAACAAUACGACACAACUUGAAUCAGUUGUACGAGCCGUCGUUAACCAAGUGAAAGGACCGUCGCAAUUAUUUAGAUUAGCUAAGCUAGUAAAUUCAUUAUUAAUGGAAAAUCCGGAACAUUGUAGCAAGACAUGGAAAGAUAGACUCAUUACUGCUGCGGUUGUACUUGGCACAAAAGCUGUCCAGUUAACGCUAAAUGCAACAUCGUGGAACCGACAGGAAAUGAUCCGGUGGCUAGUCACAUCAACAGUUCGAAUAGGCAAAAAUGCUGUUCUUUCUUUGCUUGCCCGCUGGUCUGAUCUUUUCAAACCGGAAGAAAUGAGCAUGGACAUUGCUGCAGUUCUGACGUCACAGCCAAUUCUUUUUCAGCUGGGAAUGUCAAAAGAAGAGGAGAAAAGCUUCUUUUCGAAACUGCGCAGCAUUGUUAUUGAAAGCGCCAUUCAAGACCCACCAUCUUGUGCUCUGUUUGCUCUAACACUCUGCGAAGGAGAUUCAGAACCUUUCGAGUUGGCUUGUCAAAUUGUCAACGAAUCAGCAAAUAGAUUGGGAGCCGUGCAUUUGUUCUCCAUCGCACGAUACCUUGAGAGCAAAGGACAUUCUAGAAAGGCAUUGAAAGCAGCCACACUUGCUAUCAAGCAGCUAGACAUUGGAACCGAGUAUGAGACGCACCCAGCUAUUAGUGACGUCUUCUGGGCAUGCGCAUUGGCAUCCUCGUUGGGAAAGGACGAGCUGACACAGAUUACACCGAUUGUUUGUCACUGUAUUCGAAAUCCUGUCGUUUUAGCUGAGAUUGCGCGUAGGGCGUCGGUAACGUUAAACGUCGUAUCAAAUGGAACUAUCGUCAAGGAAAAGACCAAAUUCUCUUGCAAUAAGGAGCCGUUGAACCGUCUACUCGCCACAGCACAGCAGCUCUUUGUAAGAGAAGUUCAAGGGAAGCUUGGCAAUAUAUCGCCAAAGUUUUAUAAUGACUUUGUCAAGUAUCUAGAAAAGGUGAAAGCAUGCUUCUAUCUUAUCGAUGAAGGGCACGAACAAGUGGCUAUUAGACUUUAUUGCAACAUCACAACGGGGAAGACGAAAACUAUUGAGAUUAAUCAAAGAGACACUGGCAAAUUGAAGUAAAACAUCCAAUGAUCUUUAAGUAAAUAGACACCCAUCGAAAUCUGUAAAUUAUCUUAAAAAUAUUCUCAUUCUAUUUCACGGGCAUUCAAUUUUGAUAAAUUUUGGGAUAUAAAGACAAUUAUUAAAUUGGUUUAAUUCGGAAGUCCAAAGGAAAAUUUUGCGAUCUGCCUUGAAAACUGAACAUAGCAGGGUGAUUGAUGCAUGGCUCACACAACUAAAUCAAUUGAGAGCACAAUAUUAAACUUUUAAGGAGAGUUCUUUGGAAUUGUUAAUUUAAGAAAAUAUAUCAAUGUAAAUGUAAAUAUACAUGUGAAUAACUAAAUGUUUCUUGGAAAUAAACCAUCUUAACAAAUUCUAAAACCUCUCCAUGUAAACUCGUUCUUUGAUCCAAUCUUCCCACACUCCUUUGGAGCUCCAUGCCGUCUUACGCGGAGUAGUACAACGUUUUAAACAAACUGCUGCUGUCUAUAGGCCGGGCUGCCUCUUAUCCAAUAGCUUAAGCUUCAAUUUUAAGGCUCUUGGAUUUAUUAGCUAAAGGGUGAAGAUGGCCUAAAUUGCGAUCUUGUUGUUGGUUUGCGAAGAAUUUAUAAAAAACUGGACUCUUGUCGGAUUUAUGGCUCUUACUUUGAAAAGGACGCACAUACAGCUAACAAUGUGUUUGUCGAUUUUUUAAGUUUUAAACAGGCUGUUCUGUUUAAGAAAAGGACUUAUCUCACAGUGCUCUGUCUGUGAAAGCUCUUUUCCUAUGAAUUAGUAGGCCCAUUGCCUUUAGUCGGCCCAUUGACAUCAUAGGCCCAUUGCAAUAUAAAUGUAAAUAGUUGUAAUGUAGUAUGUGAAUUUAGUUUUCAUGCGUGAAAGUUGUUGUUCUUGUUUAUUAUACAAAGAAGAAAGUAGUUUUUUUAAUCAGCUAUGUCCAGAGGUUUUUUCAAAGUUUUAUAGAAAACAUUUGGUAUGAUAUUUAUCAAAGAUGUAUUUAUUCCUGAUGAGAAAUUUUAUUUUAGAUGUAGUUGUUGCUGUCAGUAAAUUUCGUUGAUAAUAAAAAUAUCAGUAAA